GAGUGGAUCGUUGGGGGGUACUGCUGCCAUAAUUGAUCUGCCCAAUGGCAUCUGAGUUUGCCCAGAUCCGCGCCUCCGAACAGUACAGGCUGCUGCUGCAGUGGAUAGCCUUCUCAUUGAAUGAGCCCGUGGAGUCACCCAACUUCCAGCAGACCGUCAAAUUCGCAUACCAGAACCUCAGCAACCACCAAUAUCCGGUGUGUCAGCAACCGGCAUUCAUCAAUCGUGGCAGAAAUGGCUGGCCUGUGCAUCCAUCUGUGUGUGCGUCUGUGCUUGCCGUGUGGUUGUUUGUAUGCAGGACACCGAUGCGAACGCUGUGGAGCGGGAGUUGGCAGGGUCAGCGGAUGAACUUGCUUGAAGUGAAUCUCUCCAUCUCUGCGUGUGUGGUGCAUGCGGUGUGUUGUGUUGUGGCAUGGCAUGCAGGGUUCUCACGAAGCUGCGGCAUCAUGCUCAGGUGUGUUAGCGAUGGAUGGAUGGAUGGAUGGAGCCACAAGAGGUGAAGAAAGGUUGGAUGGAUGGAUGUGUACGUGUGUGCAGGACGCCAAGGCAGACCGGCUGGAGCAGCUCUACGGCGAGCUCGCCAAGAGCAACGUCCUCUCGACGGCCACGCGGGACAUCCACCAGUCGGUGCUGCGACUGCUGCUGUGUCUGUCCAACCGACCUCUCGACUCGUCCCUACACUUCACGCCGCAAUCCAUUCAGCUGGUGAGUGACAGACAGACAGAUACACACGCACACACGGAAUACACUCAUCAUACCAUGCCUCUGCCGAAGCUUCCAUCCUUUGUCUGUCAGCCCGACCCCCUUGCAGACGCCGAGAGGGCGGCGUCAGCUGAGAUGAGGGCCUUCCUUAGACGCGAGCAGGACGGCUGGCGCGACGAGUGGGAGGGGGCGGGGGAGGGGGCGGGGAGUGAGGAGGAAGACGGCACCGACAGCAGUAGUAGUGGUGGUAGCGUUGAAGGUGCUGAGGGCGACGAGGCGGCCAAGAAGGAGCCUGUGAGUGUUGGUGUGGAUGACGGUUGUCGUGUGGUGGAGGUGACGUCCACUGUGGCGCCCGUAGUCAGUAGAAGAAAACCAUACCCUGAUGGGGUGAGUGAGGACAGACAGGAAAGACAUACAUAUUCAUUCACUCAUCAUUGGUGCCUUCUUCUUACUUACCCACCUCAGAGCGACCUGGCCGACAUCUACAGGGAGGCCUUCCCCGAGCCCCCCGAGUCAGCCCUCUCCCCAUCACCCCUCGCGCCCCUUUCGUGCCGAUCAUCCCUCACCACAUGGCCGGCACUCCCACCCCUCCCAUCCACGGCAGCCACUAGUCGAUGGGCCGGCACUCUCACCGCUCCGGAAGCAUGGGUCGUGCGGCAGACGCUCUUCAUGCUGGGCGGCACGCAAUGCGACCUCUACUACCCCAAAGGCGAGGUAGCGAGAUGGGCCAGGCGCAAGUGGCGGAAGGGCGUCUUGGUGUGGGAGUCGAGGCCACUGCAGGUGCAGCGCUACUCCCCAACGGCACUCAAGGGCAUGCUCGAGCCGCUGCUGGCUGGCGGCACGGCAGUCACGCUGCUCAAGGCCCUGCUCGGCCGAUUGGCCGGUCGGGGCCUGAGGCGGGCCGUCCCGUCUUCGCUGAUGGGCGCGUACCGUGACCGUGACGAUGACGGUGAGGACUGUGACACGGCCGCCAUGGCGGAGGGCAUGUGGGGCUUGACCAUCCAGGGGUGCCUGGACGGUGUGCGAGAGUGCGUCGACCAGUGGGAUGGGCAGCUCACGCAGCUGCAUCGACAGCUGACGGUCUCUCUGCAGGUGAGGUCAGAGAACACCAAAGGGGACCAUUCUCAUUUCCGUCUGCACGCCCGCACCCCUUGAUGUAUCCUUCCUCCCUCUUGUGCAGCGCGUGUUGCCGGAGCCACUGUCGCUGGGCGGGUCUGUGAGCCGGCGAUCCACCGAGGCAACGACCACUCAUGCCACAGACGAGGAAGCGCCAUCGCAGCAACAGACUGCCGGCCCCCUUCCCCCAUUGCCGCCCACACGCACCCCACCCCCUCUGCCCAGCCUGCUGCACCUCACUGAUGCCGUCCAGCGACAGCUGAAACUGAUGAUAGCGGUGGCGACCUUUGCUGAGGACCUGAUCGUCGAGACGCACGCCAUUUAUGGGAGGGGAGAGGGGUGCAGCAGUGUCACUGGCUGGGCGCUGAACCGGCUGACGGAUGAGGGGCAUAGAGCGCAGCUGCAGGGCGAUGGCGAGGCUGAACGCAUGUGGAAACACAUCCUCGACUCUGCGGUAAGGCCUGCAGAGGAGAGGAGAGGAGAGAGGGAUCGCAUACAUAGAUGUGUAUCCCAUGCCAUGCCUGGUGUUGCACGGCACGCACAGGGUCGGGUCUACUGGCGGUUGCUGCACUCGUGGGUCAAGACCGGCACCCUCCUCGACCCCUGCGGCGACCUGCCCUUCUUCAUCCACACCACACCCACACCCACACCCACACCCACCCCCGCCCCCACGUCCCCCGACACCCACCACCCUAGCUCAGAAGUCCGAAUGCGUGACCCACUGCCCCUCCUGCCCACAGCAUUUGCCCAUCUUCUGCCCAAGUGCAUCAGGGCCGGCACAGCGCGCCACCAGCAGAUGAGCUGGACUGGCCAGUGCGGAUCAUGGGCUGCUGUUGAGAGUGGAGAUGGUGCUGCUGUUUGGGAUGAUGAUGGUGCGGCGGAGGUGGUGGUUCGUGAGGAUGGUGCGGCGCAGGACGAGAUGCGUGAGUUUGUGUUGCGCCAGGGGAGGCUGCUCGAGUACUUGGCCAUCGUCAGGGCUCUCGCAUUCUGCCAGGUGCCUACCUACACACAUAGAGAGAUUGCGCCACACCACACACGAAUGCAAUGCAUCAACGACGGGUGCUGUCUGUGUUGUGCUAUCUAGAUAGCUGAUGGUCUGGUGGGCCCCCUGAUCGAGGCCCAGAUCCAGGGUGGGCCCCACCCCCACCCUUCAUCCUCCCUACAGGCAUUCCAGCUGCUGGUCCACCACCACCUGCGGACACCUGCAGACGACCCCACCAGCCCGGCACACACACUGGUGUCAUUCUGCGCCCAGGCGAGGGAGGGCAGCGCCCUCACUGCCGCCAGCUUUGCUGGGGCGCUGAGGAAUGUGUCGGUGGUGGGGCAGGAGGGAGGUCGGGAGAUGGCGGGGAAGGGGGUGGCGGACAUACUCGGCGGAGUCAAGGUACGUUGUUGGGGCUGCGAUCAUCUCAUGCAUGUUAUGAGAUCGGUGUGUAUGUGUAUGUGUAUGUGUAUGUGUGCGCAGCUUCAUGUGAGCGUGUCGCAUCCGAUCGACCUCAUCCUGACACCCCAAGCACUGCAUUGGUAUGCACCACCGGAGCUGACGGAGAGCUGCAUGCCGUACGUCUGUAUGGUUGUCUGUCCGUUUGCAGUUAUUCGCAAAUAUGGCAGCGGUGCCUGCUAAUGGAGAGCGGCCGCUACCUACUCGGCCACUCCCUAUUCGCCCUGCCCAUCCUCACCCCUCAGCAACGAACAACCAACACCACAACAGCACACCACCCCUCCCUGUCCCCUCCCACACCCACACCCACAUUCGUGUGGCAGACAGACGGCGCCCAUUCGGCCAGCAUCGAGGGAGACGAGAUCGUCGGCCGCGCCACCCGGCUGCAGCAGGACGCGCAGCGGCUGCGUGUGGAGCUGCUGCACAUCAUCGGCUGCCUGUUGCGUCACGUCGUCAACCAGUCGGUGUUCAGCCCACACACAUGGGGCGCGCUGCACCAGGCCGUCGUCGAGGCGGGAUCGCUGCGGACCACGGCCGAGUGCCACCGAGGGCAUCUGGACGGUCUGAUGGAGAACGCCCUUCUCGUACCCGAGAGCCAGCCGAUCAAGCACCUGGUGGCCGCGCCAUUUGAGCUCUACGGCAGCCUGGCGCAGGCGUGUCGGAGCAUCGAUGAGGCACUGACCGACCACAUUGGCCAGCAAGGCGACCAUGAGGCGAUGAGGGAGGAGAGGCAGAUCUUCGCGGGCAUUUUGGCGGGGCACGAGCAGAGGGAGGGUCGGGAGGGCCGGGAGGGCGUAGACGACGCUGCGAGGGGCAGCAUGCAGAGCGGGGGGUCCUCUCCCAGAGUGGCGCCACCGUGCAGCAGGGAGAUGCGGGACGUGCGCAUCCUGGCGGCACUCAAACUGGCGGACACCACACUUAGAGGUCAGUCAGUGCCAAUGGAUGGACACACCAACAGCUGUUAUCCACGCUAUGUAUGUCUUUGUAUGUUGCUGCUGCGUCUGCAGAUUUGCGGCGCGAGAUGGGAGAGGAUCUGCACGUGUUGAUGGCCGGCGGCUCGCCAGAGGUGGCUGAGCUGCUGGAUGCGCUCGACUUCAACGGAUUCUACUCCCAGAAGCAGCGACGGGCGACCUAUGUAGCUAUAUGACUGACUGUUGCAGGUGGAGUGUGUGUGGUAGGCACUCGUAGCAAGUACGUAGCUGGCAGAGCAUGAGAGGGGACCGACAGACCAUUAAUGACGCCGAGAAACGGGUGUGGUGUGCAGCGAGGCGGGCGACAAAUACAUAGAUGGAUGGACAGACAUGUGCAUGGCAUGCAGCCAGCAGACAGGCGAGGAAUGGCAAGCCAGGUAGAUGGCAUGUUCGUUGGUUCGUGUGAGAGGCUGGCUGCAUGACGGACGGGCCUUGUGAUCGAGAUGACGUUUGGACGCAUCGGUGGCAGCUUUUCAGCGACUUAUUUAAGCAGGGUGUUGUGAUGA